AUGAGGACCACGUCGUUUACACUCGAGGUUUUGGUCCUACUUUUUCUCAACCUGAUCCCUUGGCCGGGACCAUCAGUCUUCAAAAUCACGUGUUCUCGUGACAACUCAAAAAUCGUAAGAAAAGUUAUAGAAAACAAGUGGUUACCUGUGUUGGAAAGGUUUCAGGUAAAACUGCCGUUGGAAUGUCCAUUUCAUCCGGCUCGAGAUAUCUUUGCGCCACAGCACGCCGCCAAGCAACAACAUCGCUCUUCCCAAUGGACAUGCGCCUUCUGCGGCAAGUCUUUCUACGAGGAGAGACAUCUCGACACUCACUUCGAUCAGCGACACAGGCACCAGAUUAAUAAGGCGGAAGACGCAGUAUGUCUUGCGGACUACUGCGAUAUAAUGCGCUGCCAGGUUCUGGUUGCGCAUGGUCUGCUGAGCCGGGGCAGCGGACCCGUCACUGAAGUUGAGCUGUGGCAGGACGCAGAGGUCGCCAAGAAGGCCCUAGCCCCGGCCGCCACGAGAAGUGUUGCGAGAGUUACCAACAGAAGAAGACAUCGAACUCGCCCUCCCACUACCGUUGCGGACUGCCCUAAAUCGGAUCACGACAGUGAGACAGGUACACAUACUCCUGCUAUAGAAACCGAAGACAAGAAAAGAGAAGAGAAUGAAGGAGACACGAAUCAAACAGCAGAAUUGUGUGACGUUGACACGGUAGAAUCUUCUCUACCGCCAGACAGUCGUCAGAAGAGGUUGGCAGAUUUACAGGCAGAACGAGCUGCCUGUGAUCCAACGCACUUGCAAGGGCUUAAGGUCCGCUGUGAAAGGGUCGUGCAUUCCUGCAUAGCAACAUUAUUAUUGCACCUAACGCAGCAUCAGUUUUCAGAACUUGAAGAGGAGAUGCAGCGUGCGGUAUGUUGGUAUUUAAGCUGUGAUCGUUACUGGGAGGACACAGCGCCGGCCGCGAGAGCCUUUCCCUGGCCCCUACUCCUAGCUCUGGCAACAGGCUUAGCACUCGCGCUCUGCAUGUGCUACUACAUCAUAUGGAUCGUCUUCGAUUCGGAAGAAGGUAGUAUAGCUGGUAGUGGUUCGGUGUCAAUGACGACCCACUCGUCGCCAGCUCGCGGCGCUGAUGAUAGCUUGUUGGAUGAGGAUCAUGACCACGAUCACGACGACCACUACAUAUAUGUGACUUACCCGCCGGAACUGAAGCGUCGGCUGCUCGAGAGGUACGGUCGAUUAACUUCUGUAUAA